GCCGCGGGGGCCGACGGGGUCCCGGGGACCGAGCCGGGGCGGGCGCGGGACGGGGCGCCUCCACGCCUGGGGCGCGCGCGGGGAGGGCCGGAGGGGCCCGUCUGGGAAGAGCCGCUCGGAGAGCAGACGGUGCGGCAGGGGAGGGAAGUCAGCGCGGCUGAGUCCGCGGACGGGGUCCCCAGGCGUCCCGCGCUCAGGCGGCUGUUCCAGCGCUUGGCUGUAGGUUUGGAGGGCUCUCCAGGGAGAAGUUCUGAAACGGAGAGGACGCUGGGUCGUGCCCAGGAGGGCGCCGGGACCCAGGGAUCGGGCGAGGGCGGGCGGAGCCGGGGCCGCCCUGCCUGGCAGCGCGAGCCAGACGGGUGCAGGGCGCAGGGCGCAGGGAGGCCUGCGCUCUGACAAGAGGAGAAGCAGGGUGGAUUUUUGUCCUGUACCUUUGCUCCUCCUCCCGCUGCUUCCCAAACCCAGGGCGUGAGGUGCGCCCCGUCCUUGCUCGGGCGCUGCGGGCCACCUGACGGCCGUGCGGGGCGCCGCUGACGCACCCUCCCGAGACCUGUGGAAGCGCGGAAGUUGCAGGGACGCCGAGGGAGAGCCGGAGGGGGGGCUGGUUGCUGACCCUUCCCCCACAGCCACUCGGAGAGCCCAGCGCUUCCGCCUCUUCCUGGUGCUCCCGGCCUGAGGAUCCCCCGCCUGUCCCGCGAACUUUAAAUGUGUGCGAGCUCACUCAGGAGGGAGGAGGCGCUGUCUCCAGGGGCCCCUCCCCUUGGGGUCGAUCCCUUGAAAGUGACACCUCAGUGGAGCGUCCUCACGGGCCCCGGGACCGAGGAGGCCGCCCGUGUGCUGGGUGGGCUCUGCGAGGGGCAGGGGCCCGGUCUGGUGGCCCUUUGGAGUGACACGUUCGGGACCGUCCGGGCUGCAGGGGAGGAGGCCAGAGGCCAGAGCCCGGCCCCGGGCAGAAGCCCGUCGCGGUGCUGCACGCGGCACCCAUCUCCUCCCGCGCCGUCCUCGGGCCUCCUCGGCCCUCUGUCCCACCCGGUCCCUUCAGGGCUGGGAACUGGCAGCGUCCUGAGGGCCCCGGGCCUUCUGCGCCCCCCUUGGCCGCAGCCCAGCCCGUCUGUUUCCGGGUCGACAGCGGUGUCAGGGACCUGCCCCCCACAGGCCAGGCGGCCUGGCCUGGCAUUUGCCACCGCCGCCCCUGCUUCGCCUCCUCCUUGUGGGUUUUCUGCUCAGUGCUCGCACAGGGCGCGGGCUCUCCUGCCUCCACCCGUGACACAGAGAGAGAGAGACGGCUGCCAGGAGGGGGUGUGGGUGUCCCUCAGCCCCUGGCCUGGUCAACUGUCUGCAGGGUCAGGUCCCUGCAGAGCUGGCAGGCGCCCGGCAGGAAGGAGGGCUCCCCAGGCAGCGCCCCUCCCUGAAGCCUUUGCCACAGGGACUGCUGGCACGCCUGGCGGUGACGCCCUCGGCUCCCCAAGCAGCGCUGAAUCCUCCGACCCUCUGGAACGGUCUAGUGACUCCAGUGCAGAGUCCCUGAGCCCUAGUACCUACCAGGGACCCAGACAGCAGCCAGAGCCCUUUGAAACUGGAGUAGAUGUUGAAGUCAAGACCACACAACCUGCUUCCCGCUUCCUCCAUACAAAUGCUCAGUCCCCAUAAGGCCCAGAGCCUGCGGACAGGACGGAUCCGAGUGUGAUUCCUGUUUGACACCAAAGGUCAAGAUGAGUCCCUGCCCCAAGGCCCUGCUUCCUCGAGGAAGCAUCCACAAAAGGCAGUGAGGGGACCACUGCUGGCACAGGGGGUAAGAAUCCGCCUGCCAGUGCACGGGACACGGGUUCCAUCCCCGGUCCGGGAAGAUGCCACAUGCUGUGGAACAACUAAGCUCGUGUGCCACGACUACUGAGCCCGGGCACCUAGAAACUGUGGUCUGCAACAAGAGAAGCCACCACACCGCACUGUAGAGGAGCCCCCACUCGCCCCAACGAGAGAAAGCCCAUGCACAGCAAUGAAGACCCAACAAAGCAAAAAAAAAAAGAGAAAAAUUCAGCAAAGCAUUUUUUUUUCCUGCAGAAGUGAUUUACAUGCUACAUUAUCUGUCACAGAAGAAACUGGGAAUACCUAAGCGAAUUAAGGCACAUCUAUAAGAUGGAAGAUUAAAUUUAAUUUUAAAUUUAACAUUUUAAAAUGUAUUACCAUUCAAUUUUAAAAGAGUAAUUAAAAAACUCUUUCCAAUGAAAUGUUUCUUAAGUAAAAAAGAAAACCAGGGUAGGAACUUCUCUACAUUGUCGUGGUGGUGAAAGUAUCAAACGAUCCCAUUCCUGGGAAAGAAAGGGGAAAUGAUACAGAAAAAUAGGACCGUUGAAACUUGGCAGAACCAGAGAACUGACAGUUUCAUGUGUCUGCUGAGGUGUGAGAGCCGUCGUGUUACAGAAAGUGUGUAGAGGGUGAGUGGUGAGAGUUCCGCUGUGACAUGUCAGCAGGUAAGCGCGCAUCUCUGUGUUCUCCCCCGCCCC